AUGAAGUUAGGUUAUUUUAAGAUUGUGGUAUAAUUAGAUGAAGGUUCGAUGUUUGAUGGACAGAAGCUGCGGGUCAUUGGUUCCAUGCUCACAUUUUGCACACAUGCGGCGCAUGUGCUACAUGACUGAUGGGUUUCGACUCUGUGGUGGAUAUAUUGUGUAAAAUCGUGGCCAAGAUUUUCUCACGUGUGUAAUAUUUCGAUGUAAUGUAAAAUAAUAUUUUUCAACUCACGCAUUCCCUUUUUCAAAUACAAAUCGUUACUUUGUUCCUCAACAGGUGAAACUGGAAAAAUAUUGGUCAUUGUCUUCCUAUGUUUUUCUAGUGAAUGUUCAGUUCAGAAAUUUGCACGGUACCUAAAAAAAAAAAAAAAAAAAGAUAUAGGAUCGCAAUCUACUUUAUCACGUUUACUUUCAUUUUUGGGAAUCCGUAGUGGUGGGUAUAAACCAAGUGCAUUGAAAGUCAAGAGAGGGGAGAAGGGAGAGAGAAAGAGAGAGAGAGAGAGGCCCCUAUUGGUUCUCGGUGUAGGGCUGUGGCUAAAGCUUACUGUUAGCUGGCGCUGGAGCAGCCAGCAACCAGCAACAGCCAGCAGCAGUAGCAGCAGCAUCCCGUACGAUCAAUACGCAGCGCAAGCUGCGAGUCACGACUACUUGACAGAAAAUUUUCAAACUUGCCAAAAGUGAUGGGAACACAAUCACGAAUGACAGCAACUGAUUAUUUAUUAAUAUUUUUACUUCAAUGUACUUAUUCUCAUCGAUUGAAAGUUAAAAAUGUGGACCAUAAGAUGAAGUUCCGCUCUAAAAAGGGUGCACUGCCGUUCGUCGAAUUAAACGGCGAAGAAAUCGCGGACAGCACAAUAAUCCUUCGCGAGUUGAGCGCGAAAUUUGGCAAGGAUUUGGAUGCUGCUCUUACGUCCGAGCAACGAAGCGUUUCUCACGCAAUGAUAUCGAUGAUCGAGAACCAUCUGGUCUGGGUGGUCAUGUGCUGGCGUAUCAAGAAUCUCGAUCAGGUUCUAAAAGGUUACAAGGUGAACCUGCAGCACGCGCUCGGCACUCGCAUCCCUAAUGGUAUUCUCAACUUCUUCUUCAAGCUUACAUUCGGACGUAAGGGUGCAAAGAAAGUGAAGGCGCAAGGCAUGGGUGUACAUACUCCAGAAGAGGUGUCCCAAUUCGGUUGCGCCGAUCUCAAAGUUCUUUCUGACAUACUCGCCGACAAGCCCUUCUUUUUUGGAGACGAACCGACUACGGUAAAUUUCUGCUUAGUUACUUAUCAAAUCUUUUUGAAGAUUACAGUAAAAAGAAUCCGAUAAGUCACAUAUUUUAUUAUUUAUAAUUCUAGAUUCAAUUUAAUGUACGUUGUCAAUUAACGCUAAACGUACCAAGCGGGGUCAAAUGA